AAUUAUUUUGGAUUAGUGGAAUCAUCCUGGAUGUGUUCUCGAGAGUACAUUACGACCACAAUUUGAAUUGCCUAUUUUUUUCUAUUUGUCUUUCUUCUCUUUUGAAGAAUGUCCUUGAGGACACUUGAACACAAAAAUAAACGGUUCGCAUGCCGAAAAUGCGCGGUACAAUUUUGUGCCAAGAUUGGAUGCGACAACUGAUAUUUUUGUCCUCAUUACGAUCGGCAACCCAAACCUAAGUCAACCAACCAAUCAAUCAAUCAUUACAUCUGGCGAGUCACCGAAAUCAUAUUAUCAGAACCGAUGGCAAUGGCAAUGGCAAUGGCAACGCCAACGUCGCUAUCACCAACAUCAUCAACAACAACCUCUCUUUUGCUAUCACUGGGAGAACAAAACAGCUGUAGCAAUAGUUUAACAAACUCUUGUUGCACUAUGGAUGGCGAAGGCGUCGUCGUUGUUGAAAACCUUCCAUUUCAGCAUAUCCAGCAGUCAGCAGUAGGGACAACUAAAAUUUCAGGGCUAUGCUCUAGUACAAUCAACGCAGCCAUACAACAGCUCUGUAGAACGGUUGAGCAUCGGAAACAACAAUCGGGAAUCAAACCUUCUACUUCCAGUGGGAUAGAAGGCGAGGCGAUAAAGCAAAAUAGUUUAGAGUAUGAUACAUCAUCCUUGUUUCUGACGGUUGGCUCUAGCACUAGUGCCGAUCUCGAGAACAGCGACAAGAUCAUAAUCGGCAACCAAAAUUCCGUAAUUUAUGACGGUGAAUAUGAACUGAAACGCGAAUCAUUUCUGAAGCAAGAGGAAGCAUCAGCAGCCACAAGAACGAAGACAAGUUGGAACAGAAAAAGUAAGAGAAGAAUUCAACUAAAUGGCAAUGAAGGCAAUCAUUUGGAUGCUGCUAGAUCACCUCCGACAUCGUUAUCGUCAUCGCUAUCAUCUACUCUCUCGUCUUCUAUUUCUUCAUCAUCGUUGCGCUCCAGCGAGAGGCCUUGUAUGCGAAAGACUUUGCCAUUCGAUGGCCCCAUCAUGCGUCCGUAUCGACAAGUCUCCCUCGGCUCCCUGAAGAUAGGCGAAGAGGAAGAAGGCGAACCAAAAGAUGGAUUCGAAUUGGAUGAAGCUGACAGCGAUAUUAGCAAAAAAUGCAGCGGCAACAAUAGCAUCAGUAGCCUCGCAUCUGUUACAUCCUUUGCAGAAUAAGCACUAUUCAGAGAAGAUAAUGACAUCCACAACGAAAAGAGAGACGAAUGCUAAUUUUUUUGAAUGAGGAUGAUUGUAGAUCAGAUUUUCUUCAUGCGUACGUCGUUGCUUUUUUUUAAGCUCAACCUUUCCUGUGAUUUAUCUGCUCUUCCAAUCGUUUCUUGUCUACUUUAUGGUACUGGUGUAAUACAAAUGAUUGACCCGCACCGAUGCUUACGAGGAAUGUGUACAGUGUGAACGGCUGAACAACCGUUGGGAAUACCUUAAACUAGUAGGCUCCGAUUGUAAUCCAGUUCCUGUAGGAGAUGGUGCGAUAUCGUCGCGCAUCGUUAUGAUUCGUGAAAUAAUCAGUGAGGUGUAUUCAUGGUGGUUAUAGUCCCGCUUCUAACGCAUUUUGGGAAGUGUCAUGAUUCUGAUUCUCUUUGUAUGUGCAGUACCGUAUGACAUAGUACUCGUGUAUCUACAAGUUUUUCAUUAUAUCGUAAUAACAAGCAACUGCGCCUUGUUUGCGUGACAUCAGAAUCACGAUUAAUAUUUUUAAUAUAUGCCUUUUUUAAUC